GUUGUAGGACAAAAGUAGCCGGCAAGCUGCAUCCCUUUUCGCCGCAGAGGUUUCGCUACUGUCAGAUUAAAACACACACACUCACACACACACACACGGGUGCAGGGAGAAAGUUUGACGGCUGGAGAGCGACGCUCCUAAACCGUGAGAGGAGCGACCUGAUCUGAUCCAGGCGAGAUCUGAGCGGCGCUCAGCGCAGGAGGCGGGUGACCACAUCAAGUUGGAAAGGUGCCCCCACACUUCAGACAUUAUUACUCCUGAUUAGCAGAAAACCACAAUGGCUGACCGAUUCGACUGUGACAGCUGUAAAGAAUCCCUGUACGGCCGUAAAUACAUCCAGUCCGACGACAGUCCCUAUUGCAUCCCCUGUUAUGACAGCCUCUUUUCAAACACAUGCAAUGAAUGCAAAGAGCUGAUUGGCCAUGAUGCGAGGGAGCUCUUCUACGAGGACAGACAUUACCACGAGCACUGCUUCCGCUGUUUCCGCUGCGAUCGCUCUUUGGCAGAUGAGCCCUUCACCAGCCAGGAUGAUGCUCUGCUCUGCAACGACUGCUACUGCAACGAAUUCUCCUCCAAGUGUGUAGCCUGCGACAAGGUUGUCAUGCCAGGCACAAGAAAGUUGGAGUACGGCGGCUCCACAUGGCACGAGGGCUGCUUCAUCUGUCACAGUUGUGAACAGCCGAUUGGCUCGAAGUCGUUCAUCCCCGACAAGGAUGAGCACUACUGCGUGUCCUGCUAUGAGGAGAAGUUUGCCCCACGCUGCGUGCGCUGUAAAAUGGCCCUGGCUAAAGGUGGCGUGACCUAUCGGGACGAGCCGUGGCACAAGGAGUGUUUCGUGUGCACCGGCUGUAAGACACAGCUGGCAGGUCAACACUUCACCUCCAGAGACGAAAGCCCUUACUGCCUCAAGUGCUUUGGCAGCCUAUAUGCCAAGAAGUGCGAGGCCUGCAGCAAACCCAUCACAGGUUUUGGAGGAGGGAAGUACAUCUCGUUUGAAGAACGCCAGUGGCAUCAGCCGUGCUUCACCUGCUCCCAGUGCUCCGUGUCACUUGUGGGCGCUGGCUUUUUCCCCAACGACGACAAGAUCCUGUGCCGUGACUGCAACAGCAGCCUAUAGAGCGCCCGUUUACCAUCAUCUCAUCGUUCUUACAACUCACUCUCUAUCAUAAGUUUCCUAAAACCCCAGGUUAUUACCAAAGACAGUAACGCAGGCUUAGAAAAAAAGAAGCUGCCUCAGGUGAUUUUUACAAUAAAGACAUCAGUUCCUAGACAGUCCUGUCUGUACACCAUUUUUAUCCAGGAGUGCACAAUAUCCUGUUGGUGCUGCGUUGUUUGCAUGAAAGUCUUCCUCUUUAACCAAAAACUUACAUUUUUUUUUUUUUUUUAUGGAGUGCCUUUAUUAACACCAUAACUUGUACAUUAUAUAUUGUUAACGCAAAGAAAAAUUCAAAAUGCUUGUCACUUUGCCAAAUUGUGUUGUUUCUUUUUGUUGUUUUUUUUAAGAGAAAAGCCACUUCAGGUAGAAGUCAGGCUCUGAGGAGAAGACACAAAACACUGAUUCAGUAUAGUAAACCUAAAUAAAUCUUACGGCCUGUGCUUUAUGGUUGAGUUACUGUUUUAAUGCUCUUAUAACUGCAGUUUUAUGCAUUUUGAAUGUUGCUUUUCAUCACACGUCAAUUAUCAGUCUAUAAUCCAUUUCUUGCUUGAUGCAUCUUGAACAUGUUACUGUAUACUGUAUAUUGACAUAGAAAAAAGUAUGACACUUUGUUUAUAAGUGGACAAAAUUUGACAUUUUUCCCUUUUGCUAUAUAAAUCAAAACACAAAAGUGAAAUUGAAGAUAUUAGCUUUUGGUAGUCAGUACAUUACAUUUCAUUUGCACUUUGGAAAAAUAUGUUUUUUUCUUACCAUGUUAUGUGCACAUAAAAACACAGUUGAAAGACAUGGCGCAAGACAUAGACCACUUUUUUUUGUUGUUGUCAUGUAUUUGCCUGUAUUGAACUUUGCCAUGGUGCCUAUUUUAUGUAAAGUUUCACCUCAUUCUUCUUUAAUUUUUGCAAUGUAUCUCUUUCUGAUCAGUUGCAGAGAGUCAGCAUUUAUAACCUUGAAGAAGCUGAAAUAAAAUGCAUAUCUAUUGUGCAAGGCAGAAAUAUGCAUGUCUUCGUCUGCCAUGAUUUCCCUCAGUAAUUUUUCUGUUACUGUUAAUGCUGUUAGUGUUUUAUCUUUUGAUGUUGGUUUGAAUCAUGUCAGAAAUGUUAUUAAAAAAAAUGCCUAUGGUAAUUUGAUUAUUUCAGCUUUGAUGCUGGUGAGUCAGAGUUGGCAAAUAUACAUUCGGAGAUGGAAAAUAGGCCAUCAAGAGGAUCGCCAUAUGAACCCACUGUAAAUCAGUUGAUUGAUAUGGUUGAAUGGUUACUUAUGUUUUUAUUUGAAACCUUAUUAAAUAAAUUGACACUGAUCUUUGCUGA